CUAACAUGUUAAAGAUAUAUUUAUAGGACUUUUAUUUUUAUAAGAUAAUUUUUAUAAGUAAAAUGUUCCAUCACUCAAAGGGACACUGUGAAACGUUGGAAUCAUAUUUUCCAAUUUCGUUCGAAAACCAGUACAUAGAACGUUUGCCAAAAUAUGGAUAAAUAUGAUGAUUUCGUUGAUAAUAGUUACACAAAAGUAAUCGAAGGCUUAAAAACUUACAAGGUUCGAUUUGAGAAGGUUUUGAAAUCACAUCAAGAUUUGUAUAAUUCUAUUGCUAAACAUGAAAAGAUAUUUUACCAGGAUUCUUCUAUUCAGUUACAAAUGCUCAAACACUGUACAAAAGUUAAUUCUGAUUAUUUUAACAUCCUCUCCGAUUUUGUUUAUGAUGAUGAAGAAAGUCUAGAAUUUUUUAGAUACGACUUAAAGCGCUUUAACUUUGUUCUGAAAUUGAUCGCAAGGGAUUGGUCUCCCGAUUAUGAACUGGAAAGAAGCUGCUGGUUUGGGCCAAUUAUAAAGACCUUAGAGAAAUCUUUUGAGUCUGCAGAUCGAGAUAACAAAAAAAUUCUCUGUUUAGGAGAUGGGCUUCUGAGAUUGCCUCUGGAGUUGUGCAGGAAAGGAUUCAUUACAGACGGUGUAAUGGAAGAUAUAUUGAAAAUUAGUAUAGCUUCUCAUCUUAAUAAGCUCACAGAGAUAAAUGCUUUUACAAUCUACCCAUUUGUCGAUAAAUGGAGUGACCUAGUCUCUUCAGUUGGUCAGCAAAAGCCGGUCACAUUCCCCGACAUUACAUUUGACAUGGAAGAUUCUCAAGAGGAGUUAGACUUGACCAGAGAACCGACUGUUAUAGCUGCUAGGUUUCUGGCUGAUUACGAUCCAAGCAUGAAUCAAGAAAAAGUUGACGCAGUGGCCACAUCUGGUUACUUUAAUUUGUCAAGAAAUAUACCUCUGAUAAUUUCAACAAUACAUCAUAAUUUAAGAUCUGGGGGAAUCUGGGUGAAUAACGGCCCAUUAAUUAAUGACUAUGAUGUCGAUUACGAUUCAAAGUCUUGCUUUAGAGAAUGGGGCUAUGAUGAUAUUAAAAAAGCUUUAAGGAAGCAGGGAUUCACAAUUCUGAGUUAUAACCACGAAGAAAGAUCAACAUUUUGCUAUAAUCGUUAUUACAUGUCGAAUGAAGUUUAUGAAAUGUUAUUUUUCAUCGUUCGAAAAUAA